AUGGGAGACGAGACCGUUAAAGUGGCCGUAAGAGUUAGGCCUUUCAACCAAAGAGAAAAAGAUCGGAAUGCGAAGUUAGUCAUAGAGAUGAGGGGUAACAUGACCCUCAUAUCGAACCCCGACGCCCCAAAAGAGGAACCCAAGAAGUUCACUUUCGACUAUUCCUACUGGUCACAUGACGGAUACAGUACUGAUUCUGAUGGGACUUUGAGGCCAGCCGGAAAUAGUUCGAAAUAUGCGUCUCAGAAAACUGUCUUUGACGAUUUAGGCAGAGGCGUUCUGAAAAACGCGUUUGAGGGUUACAACUGUUCUCUUUUCGCUUACGGACAGACUGGUUCCGGCAAAUCCUACUCUCUCAUUGGCUACGGACCGAACAAAGGUAUCGUGCCGAUAACUUGUGGCGAACUUUUCAAAACCAUAGAUUCUAAUAAGGACGCCAGCAAGAGGUACGAGGUUUCAUUCUCAAUGCUGGAGAUCUACAACGAGCAGGUGCGUGAUUUGCUUACGAAGGAAAGCCCCAAAGGCGGGCUACCAGUUAGGCAGAAUCCGCAAUUUGGUUCAUUCUAUGUACAAGGCUUGAAACAAGUUCCUGUGGGUAGUUACGUGGAAAUUGACAAGAGGAUGCAACAAGGGACUGCCAGUCGUACGAUCGGUUCGACGGACAUGAACGCCACGAGGAGCAGGGCCCACACGCUGGUCACCAUCACGUUCGAUCAGUUCAUCAGGAGUGGCGCCAGUGAGAACAAGAAGAGCAGUACGAUGAAUCUUGUGGAUCUGGCAGGCUCUGAGCGGGCUGAUAGCACGGGUGCAACUGGCGAUCGUCUCAAAGAAGGCGCCAAUAUCAACAAAUCACUGUCAGCUCUUGGUAACGUCAUAUCGGCCCUGGCUGACUCGUCAAGUGGCAAGAAAAAAAUCGUCGUACCCUACCGUGAUUCAAUCCUAACAAAAUUACUUCAAAAUGCCCUUGGUGGCAACAGCAAGACGAUAAUGAUAGCCGCCCUCUCCCCAGCCGACAUCAACUACGACGAGACUGUUUCCACACUGAGGUACGCUGAUCGAGCCAAAAGAAUUAAAAACAAGGCGAUCAUCAAUGAAGAUCCGAUGGACAGAUUAAUUAGGGAACUUAGGGAGGAGAAUGAACGACUGAAGGAACAAAUUAAAUCCGGAAAGAUCAUCGAGCAGAUUGAAGUAACGAAAGAAAUGAGUCCCGAAGAAAUCGAAAAGUUAAAAAAGCAAAUGAUGUUGGAGGCGAUGGACAAACUGAAGGUGAACCAGGAAAAAAUCGAGGCCUCUGUUCAGAAAGAAAAAGCCUGGAGUAAGAAGUUGGAACUGGCACGGGCCGAAUCUUUCAUCAACAUAAACGACGACAGAAAACUUAAAGAGCCUCAUCUCAUGAAUAUUAAUGAAGAUCUAUUAUUAUCAGGAGUGGUGUUCCACUUUUUGAACAAAGGGGUGUCCAGGAUUGGCCGGAAGGAUGCGAAACCCGCCCCUGAUAUAUGCUUCAGCGGACUCAGCAUAAUGAAGCAUCAUGCCGACAUAGUCAAAUUAUCUGACGGAACGUUUGAGCUUCGACCCAUGGAAGGGGCAAAGGUCAAGGUUAACGGACAGCCAAUCAGAGAAGCCCAUGUAUUGAACUAUAACGACAGAGUGCUGUUUGGGUCCAACCAUCUCUACGUAUUCAUCAACCCAUUGGACAAACCGAAAUCACGUGAUGCUGACGUCACGGUGACGUGGGAGAUGGCCCAGAUGGAAAUUGCACAGGCGCAAGGUUUCACCACCACCUCAGAUAUGUCGGCGCUCUCAAGAGACAAACAAAUAACGCAAGAGCAAGUCCUUGAACUCUUGCCCAUCGUGUCAGAGGUCAACGCCCUCUCCGAAGAGAUGAACAAAUACAAAACGUUCGACGUUGUCUUGCUGGCCCUGGACGCUUACGAGGGCAUCAACGCAAGACCUACUAAAGUGAUGGUCCAGAUGAAAGAUCUGUUGACGCAGAAUGUCUGGCUCUGGGAGAGAGGAAAGUUUCUAAAUAGAAGGUUUAUCAUGCAGGAUCUCUACCAGACGAUGUUGGACGGAGACCUGGACAUCGAGACGAUCCCGAAUGACGAAGACCCUUUCUGGGAACCCGUGGAAGAUAUGCUGCUGGGACACGCGAACAUCUUCCUCCAGAGUCUAGCCUACCUUCUCGACUUCGAAGACAGCAUCCCGAUCCGGAAUUUUAAAGGGGAUGAUGAAGGAACACUAAAAGUUCACAUACUCCCCUGCUCAUCAAAUGGACGCAACCUAGGCGAUGAACACUACGUCGAACAGCCGAAAGAACUCGUCGGCAAGCCAUACCAUUUCAAAAUCCUGGUGAAGAGCCUGGAACUGCACGACAGCCGCCACAAACACGGAUUGUACGUGAGAUACAACGUCAGGGGAGAGAGCAUCGUACAAACGAAAACAGAUGCGGGAAAAAAUACUUCCGGAUGCACACUUGCCACCUUCAAUCACUCCCACAUAAUCUCAUUUCCUUCCGUCACCAAACAACACGUGGAGUUCUUCGAGAAUGGUUGCGUUACGUUCUGCGUCUAUGCCGUCCAAGUCGAUUGCAAGCCCAAUCCAAAGCUGGCGAAGAUGUCGACCAAGGAGCUAAGAAAACUUGAAUCGACGGAUGAACUGAGCGAAAAAAAGUUCAGCGAAAGAAGAAAAUCCAUGAUGAUGAUGAUGAUGACGUCAUCGGUGACGUCACCUGACGCCAGCCAAUUGAAGAGCGAGGUCCUGUUACUGCAGAGGAAGUGCGAGAGACUGGAGAGCAAGGAACGAAGGUUGCAGGAACUAUGUCGGGAAUGGUCGAAGAAAUCGGAAGAGGAUAAAAUUUUUGAAGUAUUUUUCGGCCAAAUAAACGCGCUGGCAUUCAGCAGCGGUAGAAAACUGAAGACAAGAGUGAAGAUGAUAACACAGCCUCUGCAAGCAGUAACAGAGGAGAAUGAUGAUGGUGAUGAUGAUGGUGAAAUGAGUGUGUUUGUGUUUGGUGAUGAUGAAAAGAGGUUGGCGAAUGAGGCGAAUAAAAAUGGUGGCUACCUUAGUUUAGGAGCGAUUAGCCAACAUUUCGGUUCCAAUGGCAUUGAAAAUCUGAUGGAAUCGAAGCGGAAUCAGAACAGGCGACAAUCCAUCAUGACAGGCAAGCCACUGGCCAACAACAACAAGAACAAAAAUAACAAUAAUAACAAUAACAUGAUAAACGCUAAAAACAAGAAGAAUAAUAAUAAUAAAAAUAACAACAACAACAACAAUAAUAAUAAUAAUAACAAUUUUAAAAGUGACGUCACAGCUCAAACGAGUAGUGCUUGUGUGCUACAUACAAAAUCCCUAGAAGGGGUUCAUCCGGCAUGGCCCUCAAAGUUUAAGGAGCCCUUUGAAAUGGGGUUGAAUGGAUUUACAACGGUAUUGACGUUCCCAUGCUCACCUUUUGUCUUGAAAUCCGCUCUGAACUUCGUAAGUGAUAGAGAGGUAGUCAGAGAAGGAGGAAGAGAGUUCCAGAGAAAAGGGCCAGAAAAAGCAAAUGCAGAUUUAGCAAAAGAGUAUUUAACACGAGACUGCUUUCGAGAUUUGUUUAAUCUUCACUCCUACAUACAAAUGAUUAGAUUGAGAUUAAGCAGUGAUGAUGACGACGAUGAUGGCAGUUUUAGAUGGCUAUAUAAGCCUGAGAUUGAAUGGACGAGGAAAGACAUUCUUUAUGUCACUGGCUAA